AUGUAUAGUGCUUUUGCUGGUUCAGCAAUUGCACAGGGACCAUGUGUUGGCCGAAUCGAUCGGUGGUCAGAGUGGAAUCCGACAAGCCGGGAACCACUUUGGCUCCUUCUCUCAGGUGCAACAGAUCCACCUAAGGAAAUUGGAAUUUCUAAGAGACGAACUCGGGAUGCACAAGGAGAUAGGAAUGGUGUAUUUUUAGCUGGUGUAACUCGUGAUUUAGUCAACAUGGAAGAUGUAGUUGGAACAAAGCUGUACAACACUGUUAAAGAUCUUUAUCUCACUAAGGACGCAGCUCUUCGACAUAUCGCCUUGCUUUUUGAAAAAUGCAAGGACACAAACGCCAAGCCUAUGUUGUACUAUACAGGACAUGGUGAAAUUGGCACUGGAAACUGGUGCUUUGCGGAUGGGACAGUCAGUAUCAUAGAGAUUUUUUACAUGGUGCCUAAUGGCUGUUGUUACCCACUGAUAUUCAGUGAUGCCUGUUACAGUGGUCACUGGGCAAAUUUCUGUCUUAAGAAAGGUCUUUCUACUUUCCACUGUUUAGCAGCAUGUCCGGAGUACUCAACGGCUCUUGAUACCAAAGGUGUGUAUGAUUUACAUGCGUUAAUUAAUAUGAAAAACCCAGUUAAAUUAUAUUAGGAGUACGCCAGUGGCGCCGGUACGAGUUCGAAGUAUCCACUCAAACAAAGCUUCUGCCAUUAAGCUAUAUGGGAAACGCCCAUCGUGAUUCUACAGAGAAACCUCGAUGUAACAGAGGGCCAAGGGAUUGGCAAAAUUUGUUCGCUAUACAGCGCAACCCCGAUAUAACGAAGCUCUUUAUUACGACAGCCUCGGUAUAACGAACAAUUUUGUUUUCAACCCGUUGUUAUUAACAGUAAAUCAUCUAUGAAGAGAAAGCACAAUAUAACGACACCUCGACGUUAUGGCGAACAUAUUUUGCCACUUACUUGGUCCUUCGUUAUACCGACGUUCCACCGGUAUUUAGUAUAUACACACUCAGUGAUCUUGGUGUCUUAAGCAAUCUGAUCGGUUCGCUAUCUCGGGCUAUUCAACAAUAUUCACUUUCGAGCGAGUGGAUAAUGCGUAAUUCGUAAUCUUGAAAACAAAAACAAAAUGGCGGGUGUAAACUCGCGUUUCGCUCAAGUUUCAGAAGCAGAAAUAUUACAAAUACAAGACGAGGCUGUGCCUGAGAAUACAAAAAAGGCAACUAAGUAUAGACUGAAAGUUUUUAAAGGUAAGAGAAGACUCCAAAGUGUUAAAAAGUGUUUGAGGUUUUAUUUUGCUGACAACUGCCAAUAAGCUUGAGUGACAUUCAUAACUCUUCACAUUAAAAAUUUGUUACAAUAUGAGUAAGUUCUUUGUAGAUUGGUUUUCCCAGCAAGAAGAACUUAACACAGAUAUAGAAGAGAUGAACAAGGAGGAGUUAAAUAAAUGCUUGCGGAAAUUUUAUACGUCUGCAAUAAAACAGGACGGAGGUUACUAAAAUAAAGCAACGUUUACCACGAUCAGAGCCGCCAUUGAUCGGCACUUGCGCAACGAGCCACACAACAAGCCAUUUUCGAUAAUCAGCGACAGCCAGUUCACGGAAGCGAACAAAGCUCUAAAUUCGUUUCUGAAAACUCUGAGCAAGUCAGGUCAAAUUUGUUGUACAGUCCACAAACCGCACUAACAACCGAAGCAGUUUCAAAGCUCUACGAAGCCGGCGAGCUAGUAGAUGCAAGAUGCCUCGAUCCACAAAGGCUACAGCAAACAGCGUGGUUUUUUAUAACCCUCUACUUUGGUCGAAGAGGAAGGGAAAACCAGCGUCAAUUGACAAAAUCAAGCGUAAAGCUCUCCAAAACCCCAAAUUCCGGCCUGGAAUAUUUUGAGCUUAACAGCGAAACGACAGGAGGAGUCUUUUCAACCAAAAAUCACCAAGGUGGUCUAGACGACACCGACGACCCAUCUGAUGGUAAAAUGUUCGCAGGCAAAGGGCUUGCUAUCUGUCCAGUAGCAGUAGUGAAGGCCUACCUGUCCCAUUUAAAUCCAAAAUGUGAAGCACUCUUUCAGAAGCCUUUAACUGGUGCUAAAUUUAAACCGUCUUCUGAUUUCAUUUGGUAUUCAACACUUCCUCUAGGCCAUAACACGAUGGACAGCAUGAUGAAGAAUAUGUGCCUCCGAGCUGGUAUCGAUCCUCCUUUCACAAAUCACUGCGUCAGGUCGACCACCGUGAAUAUUUUGUCUUCUAAAGAUAUAAAAAAUCGCCACAUAAGAGCAGUCACGGGCCACAAAAGCGAUGCAAGUUUCGAAUCCUACAACGAUCGUCCAACGUUCGAGCAGUUCAAGGAUAUGUCUUCGGCGAUUACAGAUUUCAUCGACUUCUGCAGACCUGACCAUCAAGUCGCCAUUAACCCGCUCGCAGAAGUGAAUCGUUCUCCCUUGGAGACAGUAUCCAAAGCAAUUCACCCAAGCACAUCCACAAAUGUCCAGGAGAACAUUUUUGUUCAAGAAAACAUGUCGACUAACGCUGCACAUGGCAUCAUUUCUGGUGGCUCCUUCUCCAACUGCUCGUUCAAUUUCCACUUAAAGUAAACUUUAAAACAGGAUUUUGGAGGUUUUUUUCAGUCCAGACUAUUAAUUUAGGCUUUCCGUGAGGCCAUUCUGAGCAUCUUGAAAACAUUUUGUGGAAAAAAAAGCUCGAGUAGAGAUUUACCACGUUUGAACUUUCUGUAAAUAACUCUCCCGUAUGCACUGUGCAUUCAUCACGCAUGAAUUGACAUGUCAAGAAAUUGCCUUUAAAUGGUUUUCUUUUUAAUAUUGUCGAGAUCACUUCGUGUGUAUAUUCUAAAACAAUUAUUCUUUUCAAUCUCGGUGAAUAGUGGCUUUAAGAAUAUUUACCUCGAUUUCAAAGAAUAAUUGGUAAUUGUACGGGGUUUCGUUAUAUUGAGGUUCUUUUCCUCAUAUUCUACCAGUACUGCAAUCGAACCUCCACUAGCGGCCACCUCUCUACCAUGACCUUUUUUUUUGUCCCGGCGGACAGCAGUCCAUGAAUUGACUCUUGUAUAAACUUCGCUAUACAACACCAAAGGCCACUAAAGCGUGUCCCCAACUGCCAAAAUAACCUCUCGACAACAGCCAUUUUUGUUCAGCAACUGCCGAAAAAGUCAGAAAUGGUCGUGAAAUUUGAACCGUAUGUCGCGUUGAUGUUUAACGGCAAUCUUAUGUUCACUGCAAGUGCUCUAUUUAUUCUGCUGCGUAAGCUUAAAUUGUCUAGUACAAUACUUAUGGUGAAUGUUACGAGACUUGCUCGGUUUGUCAUUUUUUAUUCAAGACAUAUAUUUAGUACUAUCUAAGUUUUUUGUGUAUUUUAUCCCUAUAUAUAUCAUUUAUGACUGGAUUACCAUUAUAGGAUACAGUAAGCAUGAACUUGGCAUAAUAAACAUGAUGUACCCCCCUAAAGAAAUUGUCUUAUUUCACCCCUUCCUCCCCAUAACGGCUACCUCUCCUCAAAAGGCCACUUUCUUCCGUCCCCAAGGUGGGCGAUGUGGAGAGGUUUGACUACAUUAUUAGGGUUCUUUAUACCGAUGACUUCGUCAUAUAGAGGUUCGUUAUAUCGGAGUUCUAUUCUACUGACAUUCUGCGCUUUUCAAAUUAUUUGUAGAUAAAGGAGGAGAUCUAACAUUGUACAUGACUGGAAAGAAACUAAGGCCAAUAACAGAGCCCAUGUAUAGUGGCGAAAAUAGACUGGACUUCCCCAUCACCAAUGGAUAUGAGACAGAUCAUUACACUCAUUUUAUCAGUAGCCAUGUUUUUAAUAGCAAAAACAUUUUGAUUUCCCAGAGCAUGCAUGAUGGCUUCUUCUCUGGAAUCUUUGCAAUUUCAAAACUUUACAAUCCAAGACCUGCGACAAGUUGGGGAAUUAAAAGGAACUACGACGCGUUUCUUGAGUUCGUCAAUGAGGAAUGGAAAUGGGUUGAUGGUAAGUCAAAGGGGAUAUACUCCCUUGCCUGUGAUGAGAAGUUUGGUUUCGGGGUGUUCUUUAUGAAAGGCUAUGGCACGACACAAGUCAUUAUAGAAAGCACGGAUGAUAUAGAGAAACAAUGGGAUGACGGUCUUAAAAUAACUUCGUGUGCUGCCCUAGAUUCAACAUUUUACAUCAUCAUGACAGAAGACACUAAGGAAUACCAUGGAAAACAGCAGAAGUGGUUUACUCGUAGUACCUGGAGUGCAACAAAUGCUGAAAUACAGGAGGGAUACAAAGAAGGAAAAGCCAUCACUGGAAUAUGUUAUUCCAGUGGGCUGAAGCAGUAUUUUGUUGUGAUGACAGCCUCAAUGGGGGCGCAGUGUUUCGACUGGUUCGACACGACUGAACAAAAAGCCAUGAAUGAUUGGGAACUUGAGAAAUUUAAACAGGGAUUCCAUCCUACUAUCAUCUUCAUGGAUCCAACUGACAAUAAUAUUUUAAUUGUGAUGACUAAGGAUGAAAAUAGAUCGGUUUUUGUACGUCGUUCUCACUUUAAAUUAAGGUAG